CAAAGCCGAGAGUUGGCGCCCAGAGCCAUGUCCUCGUCCGCCGGCAGCGGCCACCAGCCCAGCCAGAGCCGCGCCAUCCCCACCCGCACCGUGCCAAUCAGCGACGCCGCGCAGCUACCUCAUGACUAUUGCACCACGCCCGGGGGGACACUCUUCUCCAUAACACCGGGAGGAACUCGAAUCAUUUAUGAUCGAAAGUUUCUAUUGGAUCGUCGCAAUUCUCCCAUGGCUCAGACCCCGCCCUGCCAUCUGCCCAAUAUUCCAGGAGUCACUAGUCCUGGCACCUUAAUUGAAGACUCCAAAGUAGAAGUAAACAAUUUGAACAACUUGAACAAUCAUGACAGGAAGCACACAGUUGGGGAUGAUGCUCAGUUUGAGAUGGACAUCUGACUCCUGCAAAAAUUAGAAGAAAAGCAGCAACCCGGAUCCUUGCGUGUACCCGAUCUGGCCAAUAGAAUCAACAAAGCAGAGCAGCAGCAGCACCAGCAGUCCCUAUUGCAGUCUUCACCUCCCUCCCUCGGUGCCAAAUGAUGGGAAGAUGGGUGUCAUCUGACCAUUCUUCUCCAGGUUUCCUGUUCCCAUUCCUAAUUAGACAGAUUAA